AGUUAAAACAAUCCCAAAAAUUGCACAUCUUAUUCAAGAGCAUAGCAUUUGUGGGGACGUACUGUUCAACGACACAAUAAUGGAGGCUGUUUAUGAAAAUGUUGAGUGUAGAGAUAUUAAGAACUCGACUGGACCUCAAUCACAGAAUCACAAUCGGGAUGAAGAAAACGAUCGAAAACGCAGAAGAUGGAAGUGUGUGGUGUUGGUGAUCAUGGGGCUUAUCUGUGCUCUUCUGCUGCUCUUCAUCACACUGCAGAACAUCAGCAUCACAGCAGAGAGAGACCUGUUCAAGACUUACAAGAACACAGUUGAAGAGCUCAAUCACACCAUCAGCAGCUUACAGCACGACAACACUGAUCUGGAGACUGACAAACAGCAGCUGGAGGACAAAUACAACUCUCUGAGUCUGAAGAAACAGCAACUGGAGACCAAAUACAACUCUCUGAGUCUGGGGAAACAGCAGCUGGAGAACAGAGUCACGUCAUUGAGUGCUGAACUGAAGGAGGCUCGUUCUAAAUCAGGUUGGUUUUUCAUGUCCACUGAGGCGAUGAGCUGGUCUGAGAGCAGGCAGUUCUGCAGGGAUCGUGGAGCUGAUCUGGUCAUUAUUAAGAGUGAAGAGAAGCAGAGGUUCAUAUCUUCAUUAGUCAAGGAGGACACAUGGAUUGGUUUAUCCGUCACAGAGACUGGAGGCAAUAAGUGGAAGUGGGUGGAUAACUCACCACUGAAUCAAGGGUUUUGGGCUAAAGGUGAGCCGAAUAACUAUCAAGGUGCGAAGGAGGACUGUGUUGAAGUGAGAAUUUCACAAGGCACUCCAAAUAACUGGAAUGAUCGCAGAUGCUCAGAUUCAAGAAAAGCAGUUUGUGAGAAAUAAGCUUCAUCCAGUCUUGUCAAGAUUUUUCCUGUAAUAUUCUAUCAAAUCCUAACAUGAUUGUGUUAUUCAUUUUGAAGAUUCCUGUUCUUUAACUGUUCAUUAAAUAUAUAAUAUUGUCAUGUAAAGGGCUGAUCUGAAAACUAGUUUUUCUCCUGCAUAAGCAGACUUAUUUUAAUAUGUGUAAUAAUAUAUUAUAUUAAUCUAGCUGUUAUGGUUUGAGAAGUAUGAAAUGAUUAUGGUAAAAUACAGAAGUAUAAAAGCUUCGAAUGGAAUUGCUUUCUUUUAAUAAAUUGGUGAAUU